AUGGCCGCAUUCAUCUUCGAAUCCGGAGCCACCAUUAAGGAUCCCUCGACCAAGAAGGCGAUCCGCUCCCAUGCUAUGAGGAAUGUCAGGGAGAGGCAGCGAAAGGAAGGAUUUCGGGAUGGCUUGACGUUCCCAGGACGAAAGAAGCCUCGCCAUGUUCGUGGGACAUUCUCAGCAGCAAGACCGCUUCUGCCUGCCAUUGCUCGAAGUGAAAGGGACUCGUUUUCCGAACAGACAGAGUCACAGGGGUUACAACUACAGGAUUUCGUUCAAGCCAUCGACGGCGCGCAGAUCGACUCGGAGGACAGCACAGGAACCGACGUCGCCCUCACUCACUGCGCCGACUUUGCCAACCACCAUGUUUGGCGUCAGCAGCUCGGCUACGUCUUUCUUACUUCCUAUUACGCUGACUCGGUCGUGGACGCCAUGCUCAAGGACUGGCACAAUUUCGAACCAGGUGAUGCUGCAGGAGCCACUCUAAAUGCAUCUCGUGAUGCUUUGUGUCUGAUGGGCUUAGGUGCUCUGUAUCGCGAUGAACGUCUACUUGACGAAGGACGCAAGCGCCACUGCCUCGGUCUGCGACUGCUGCGAGAGCGAAUCGAGGGGCCUGGCGGCGUGGUGUGCGACGGUCUCUUGGAUGCGUGCUAUACCCUUGCGCAUUGCCAGAUCUACCAGUCGGUUUCGCAUCAAGGCAAAGGCUGGCAAAUCCACGUUGAGGGUCUACACUUUCUACUUCGAAGGAGAGGCGUGGAAUCGAUCAGAUCGCCUUUCGCGCAUGCAACGUUGCACAAGAUGCGUCAAAUUGCGACCAUGGACCAGUUACUCAAACGCAAGAGCAGCUUCUUAUCGUCCCCAGAGUGGCUCCUGAGCUGGCGGCAGAACGAUCCAGGUAUACACACGCCGGCUUUACAAUUGACAGAUCUGGGGUUGCAGCUCUCCGGCGCUUUAGAAGACACUGAUGUUGCCUUGCACGGCUCGACCACCGGCAAACCUGCAUUAGGCGACCAGCUACGAGAUGUGUCUUUGCGCAUCCAGUCAAUCGAGUACGAACUGGACAAAUGGCUGCUUAACUUCUAUCACCAGUAUGGUGAUGUGCAAGAGCCGUACAUUUUGACAGACAUCGCCAAAUAUCCUCGUUUCGAAACGCAAUGUCACGAUAUAGCUUCGCUCUUGCCAAAGGUCUACAGCUUUCCCACCCUUCUGAGCGCCACCACCCACUGCUACCUCUUUAUAUUGUAUCUGGCCAUUCGCAUGGCGCAAAUGGAUCUUGCCGGACUUCACCCAACGCAGCCAGCGACCGAUAUCGAAGCUCUUGCUGCAGAGGCCAACGAAUACGCAGUGCACCUGUGCCGGAGUCUGGCUUACUUAUCGCUACCGCAACAUCGUUCGGUCGGAGUGCUUGCAUGUAGUGGACCUCUUUACUGGGCCUCAGCAUGGUACGAGCGGAGCGGAGAUUCGAAGAAGCUGCAAGCUUGUCAGAGCGCACGCGAGGUGCUUGAACGUGACUGCCCGACACCAUUGAACAUGAAGGCGCCCGUUUUCGCAUGGUGGAUGAUACCGAGUGUUUUUGAAGACCAGGGCGCAUUCGCAGGAUGA